UUUAGUUGAGGGACUUGGAAGCUUCAUGAACGUGUUGCGCGUUUAUCCUCUUUGUUCCUUUCUUCGAUUCUCUGGCCCUGUCUGCGAGGUUUUGUGGGGAUUGAGUUGAUACUACGUCUGUGUCUGUUUAUUCUAUUUGUUUGGGUUGCAAGCUUGUAAGAGCUGUAUGCUCUCAUCCCUUUUCUUUCGUCGCAAGGCUUCAGUGGAUGCCGCGUCCAUCUAAGUCCACUCAUUGCUGUUGUCUUACAUUGAUUGCCAGACCAUGUUGCGAUAAUGUCACAGCGCCCUGCCAAGACAAUCUUGGAGGCCUGUUGUAACAAAAUUCUGAUAUAAUAUCGAGGUAAUCCGUGCAGUCAUCAUUACCAUGGAAGGCAUUCGCCGGAUUACGCUCGUCGACCAUACCGACCCCUCACGCCGCUCCGACAAUGAAGAGGCGCUGUCUCAAACCCCCUCGGCUACAGGGUCACGAACCGGCUCCAGGCGAUUGAGCAGAGUGUCCAUCCGUGGUGAACUCAAGCGACGAAAGUAUGCCAAAUGGCAGCCGGACCGAUUGAAGCUCUCGGACGACAGUAGUUUGAGCAGAAUGCCGUCUCCGUCGGUGAAUCCAUUGACUCACAUGAAUACGAAUGCAAAUACCAUAUCUGGGGAGAGCGCUCUAGCUGGCCCUUCUCAAGCCGCGAUCGAGCAGCACGACAUCGAUGCGACAGAUUUUGCGUCCUCAACGAAUGGCGAGCGCGAUUCCGCAGUGCCUCAGCAACAAGAGGGCUACGACCCAAAGAACAACACCAAAGGUGCUCGUUCCGUCAGCGAAUUGGACAUCCUCUACGAGAAUCAGCGCGGCUGGUUCUUUUUCGGCAUUCCGUUGUACUCGCACAGCUCGCUACUCAAUUUUGAUCCCGGCCCUUGGGUCACGCAUGACUUCCGCGAGAGCCCUGUCAACAUCACCAAUGCCCAAGUGCCAGACCCAAGCUGGGAAUGGGCUUGGCCGUCAUGGUACGUCGAUAUGUCCGGCGACGUCGACGACCAGGGCUGGCAGUAUUCGUUCUCGUUUAGCUCAACAGCCUGGCAUGGGACUCAUCCCUGGUUCCAUUCGUUCGUUCGAAGACGACGAUGGGUUAGACUGCGCGUAAAGCGCGCUGUGGACAAAACACAUCGUGGACGAUCGGGAUUCGAGGUGGCUCACAUGUUGAACGAGGAUUAUUUUACAAUUCACUCUCCGCGAAAGCGAAGCAAAGCCACCAGUUCGAUAGCGGCGUCGGGGAAUCUGAGUCGCACAACCACUGGAGUGGAAGAGGAGACUCCGUUGGAAGAAAUAGGAAACAUUCCUACACUAAUGUAUGCCCUGAAGGCUGCCAUUGUUGAUCGUGAGAAGAUAGACGCUCUGAAGCGUUUCAUCGAGGAUGGGGGCGAAGAGCUUCACUACCUGGAUGACAAGAUCCCUGAAAUCAUGUCGAUGUUUGUCUUCCAAAACUCGAGAUGGCAGUUCCUCACCCACUUGGAGAAUGUCACCAACGACCUCUUGCGGGAAGCCGCCGAAAAAGACAAUGCAGACGCCGAAGAGAUGCGGCGCAAACAACAGAACCUCACGAAAGCUGCGGAGACAGCGAGACGGCAUAUCACGGGGCCCGAGUUACUAGGUUUCGAACACCACGAGUCGAUGAACUUGACUCCUGCCUCAAAGCAUGAUCUGUUAGAGACCUGCUCCAAAAGGUCCUCGUUCAAACCGAUCGACAAUGGCGGACAGAUCAAGGGUAUCCCUGAGGCGGCGGAAAUUGGCCUUGAAGGUCAUAUACGCCGUCCUUCCUGAUCCCUGGAAGUAAGUCCGAUGGAGAGGUAGCUAGCUUUCUGCAACUGAUGCAUGUCGAGCGAGGGUUGUGUUGAGCUUGUUGAGCGUUGGAUACUUUUUUUUCCUUCUUUUGCUUUUAGCGUCUAGUACCCCCAGUUCAAGCGCCACGUAAUAACAUGCUAUGCACAAAAUUGUUGCCCAGACACCUUUCU